GUGUAACAAAUAAUAACGUCCGUGCGGAACCUCGUAAUCUAACUCGAGGUCUCGUAGGUGAAUUAUGUAAACCACCACAUCACUAUACGUCAAGUACUGUUGAGAUUUGUGUAACUAUUGCCUAUUUUUUUUUUUUUACCUGUAAUCAUUUAAUAAUGUUUGUUAUCAAUCACCUUUUGAAUACUGUUACUGUACACUAUUGUAGUAUUUUAUGGGCAUGUCCAUUUUCGCAUUAGUUUCGCCUUGUCGUUUGUCCAGUUGGACUUUCCGUAGUUAUUUGUGCACUGUACACGUCGGCGUCCUUCAAACAAGUUAGUGUGACUGCUAAAUGCAUUGCUCGGAAGCUUCUCGCCCAAGGCUGCUUUAUUAGCUUGCUAGCUGCGAACAAAGACGUGUUUGUUAGCAGUGCAUGCUAACAACAAGAGAAAGAAGAAGAGAAUGCUGAGAGCGUUUGGAGAACGUCAAUAAACUGCGACUGGUGAGGAAGUACGUGGAGAAUGAUAGCCGAGUACGAGGAGGACCUUAUCCGAGCCAGAGAGGAGAACGAGCGACGGGACCGAUGGGUGUUGCACACAGCAGGGUCGCAGGGAGUGCUGGAGCCUAUCCCAGCUGUCAACGGGCAGGAGGUGGGGUGCACCCUGAACUGGUUGCCAGCCAAUCGCAGGGCACAUCGAGACAAGCAGCCGCAUUCAUAAUCACAUCUAGGGGCAAAUUAGAGUGUCCAAUUAAUGUUGCAUGUUUUUGGCAUGUGGGAGGAAACCGGAAUGCCUGGAGAAAAGCCACGCAGAGAACAUGCAAACUUCACACAGGCGGGGCCGGGUAUCUUUGUGGAUUUAUGUGGUAUCAGCGACGAAGUAAUUUCUCCUCAGCGACAGCAGGAGCGGCGCUCCGGGGUGGACCAGCCGGGGCCUGAGCCCCCCCACAUUAAAGAGGAGGAGGAUGAACACAGCAUCGAUGAGGAGGAAGAGCAGCAUGACCGGCUGGACUUCCCGGUGAUCCGCGUCAUUGUGAAGAGUGAAGACGACGAAGACGAGCCUCACUCCUCCCAGGUCCGUCGCGGUGACUGUGAGGAAAGAACACAAGCGGACCGCCUCAUAGCUCCACUAUUAGAGAGUGAGGACAUACAGUCACACUCUCCUGUCACUGAUGAGGAUGAACACUCUAAAGUCUAUAGGACAUGUCAAACCGACAAUAAACACUUGACGUGUACCGUUUGUGGGAGAAGCCUGUAUGACAAGAAAACGUUGAAAGUCCACAUGAGGACGCACACGGGAGAGAAACCUUUCGUCUGCUCAGUUUGCAGUAAAACGUUCGCUCAGAGGGGUAAUUUGAUCAAACACACGAGAACGCACACUGGAGAGAAACCCUUCACCUGUCCCUACUGCGGGACGAGUUUCAGCGACAGUUCGACGUUGGUGAAGCACAUGAGGAGGCACACUGGCGAGAAACCUUUUCGCUGCUCGGUGUGUGGCGAAAGAUUCACCCGGAAGUCCAAUUUGACGACGCACACUAGGACGCACACCGGGGAGAAACCUUUUGCUUGCUCGGUGUGCAGCAUUAUGUUCAGCGACCGUUCAUCGCGGAAUAAACACAUGAGAACGCACACGGGAGAGAAACCUUUCAGCUGCUCAGUGUGUGGCCAACGGUUCACCCAGAAAGGACACAUGACGACACACACGAGAAGACACACCGGAGAAAAACCUUAUGUCUGCUCAGUUUGCCACACCAGUUUCAGCGACCGCUCGACUUUUGUCCGGCACACGAGAAGACACUCCGGACAAACACAUUUGCCUGCCAAUGCGGAAAAGCUAAAUUGAAAUUUUAUGACUGUCAACACACAUCUGGCGAGGCAGCGUUGAGUUGCAGUGUGCAACAAACAAGCAAGAUUUCUGGCUCUCGCAGACCUGUAACUUCUUCUUUAAGAGGCUCCUCUGUCCUUCCCACAUUAUCUGUAUUCAUUGCACCUGUUUAAACUUAUCAGUAUAUAAGAUAGUGGUCCAAAACCUCGGUUCCAUUCCAAACUCCACUAUGGCCCAGACCAAAGAGCUGUCAAAGGACACGAGAAGCUAAAUGUAGACGCACACCAAGUUGGGGAGGCUAAAUCUGCAAUAUGUCAGGAGCUUGAAGUGAAGAAAUCAACUGUGGGUGCAAAUAUUAGAAAAUGGAAGACAUGCAAGACCACUGAUAAUCUGCCUCGAUCUUGGGAUCCACACUAGAUCUCACCCCGUGGAGUCAAAAUGAUCACGAGAAUGGUGAGCAAAAAUCCCAGAACCAAACAAAGGCUACUAUCUGUGACAAACUACCCCGCCAGGGACUCAAAUCUUGCAGUCCCAGACGUGUCCCCUUGCUUAAGACAGUGCAUGUCUUGGCCCGUCUUAAGUCUGCCAGAGAGCAUUUUGAUGAUCCAGAACAGGAUUGAGAAAAGGUCAUAUUGUCAGAUGAAACCAAAAUAGAACUUUUAGAAUCUUUGGAUGGAGUUGGUAGUCUCUGCUGUCCAGCGACAGCUCCAAAACGUCGCUGCUCUAGAAGCAAUGGGCCAAAAUACCAGCAAUAGGGAGUGAAAACCUCAUGAAGACUUACAGAAAACAUGUGACUUCUGUCAUUGCCAACACAGCGUAUCUAACAAAGUAUUGAGAUGUCCUUUUGUUAUAGAGCUCGUGCACGUGACGAUUUUCGCGGCGCCAUAUUGGCGGUGAAACCGAGCUGCUCGACAUUGUGGGUGACGUCGAACCGGAGGAGAAUUUUUACCAUACCCGAAACCUUUUGUGCUGUUGGUUGUCACAACAGACGAGAUAGAUAUUCAAAGAGGUCAUUCUAUGGAAUACCAGCUGAAAAUAUGGGAAAAGAUCGAUGGAUUUUGGCAAUUAAACAUGAUGGAUGGUGCCCAACCAAAAUACACACACGCCUGUGUAGCGAUCGCUUCAUUUAAGGUAGGAAUUAUUAUUCUCAAUCUCAAAUUACCAAGAAGUAUUUAUAACGCCAAGUUGGCUCAUUUGAGAACAAUGCGUGUUAAAAAAAAUAUCUCUGUCUCAGAGUUUUACGGAGGUUAACGUGUGGCCGCAAUACGCUUCCGUGUACAUUCCGUGGAGACGAUUCCGCCUUUUUUUUUUUCCAAUCAUAGUUACUGAAUGCGAGUUGGUGUAAAACCAGCGGUCAUUUAUUUAAAUAUUGGUAUUUCUAUUCAAUACUAGCUGAAAAGGUCGAUGGAUUCUAGCAAAGGUUAACGUGUCGACGAACACACUUCCGCGUUCGCGAGCCGUCAAAACCGUCACUAUGUGGGAUUUAUUCCUGAUGAGAACAGAUCUAGCAACAAAGUAUUCGUAUGCGUCCAGACUUUUAUACGCUUUCAAACUUUUCCGUGUAAAUCUCGACGACUCACUCACUGGAUCCAUGUGUAGAUCCAGUUGUCCAAGACAAGCAGAAGCGAAUUAACAGGCCAAUUUCUUACCGGCGAAAACAUCGAUUUCGGCAUUGAAUACGGGUCCUCUAUGCCGAAUUUAUCAAAUUUUUCCAUGUACUGUUGUUUAGUUUCACCUUCUAAAUGUCUGACGAUAUCGCACAAGACGCUGGGCAUCGUGUUAUAAUACAUAUUUCCGUGUCGUCUCCAACCGACUUAGCAUUGAGCAAUGGUUAGCUUGACCGGCACUAUGGCGAGGUAAACAAAAGUCACGUGAUUUUAUGAUGUAGUUGCACGAGCUCUAUAGAUCAAACACUCAUCUUCCUCCAUCACUUGCUAAUAAAUUCUUUUAAAAUCA